AUGACCACCUCCACUCCCCCGCUCGUCACCGACAUCUUCACGGCCGACCCGUCCGCCCAUGUCUUCAACAACCGGAUCUACGUCUACCCGUCGCACGACCGCGAGACACCCAUCAAGUUCAACGACAAGGGAGAUCAGUAUGAUAUGGUGGACUACCACGUGUUGUCGAUGGAUAGGGUAGGCGGGGAGGUGACGGAUCACGGGGUGGCGUUGAAGGUGGAGGAUGUGCAAUGGGCGAGUAAGCAGCUUUGGGCGCCGGAUGCGUUCCAGGGGAAGGAUGGGCUGUAUUAUCUCUGUUUCCCUGCAAGAGACCAUGAUGGCAUCUUCCGACUCGGCCUCGCCUCCUCGUCCAAGCCCGAAGGCCCCUUCACUCCCCAACCCUCCUACAUUCCCAAAUCCUUCUCCAUCGACCCCGCCUCAUUCGUCGACGACGACGGAUCCGUCUACGUCUACUUCGGCGGGAUCUGGGGCGGCCAACUCCAAUGCUACAACACACCUACCGGGGACCACUUUGACGCCUCCCAAGACGGUCCACACGAGCCCACCGGCUCCGGCGUCCCCGCCCUCUGCCCCCGCGUCGCUCGGCUCUCAGACGACUACACAUCCUUCGCUGAGCCGGUCCGGGAACUCCAAAUCCUCGCGCCGGAAACGGGCAAGCCUAUCCUCGCGGACGACCACGACCGCCGCUUCUUUGAGGCGUCGUGGCUCCACAAGAAGAAUGGCGUCUACUACUUUUCCUACUCUACCGGUGACACCCACUAUAUCGCUUAUGCGACCGGAGACUCGCCGUACGGGCCCUUCACGUACAGGGGGCGGCUGCUGGAGCCGGUGGUGGGGUGGACGACGCACCACUCGAUUGUGGAGCACGAGGAGAGGCUGUGGUUGUUCCACCAUGAUUGCGAGCUGAGCAAGGGGGAGAGUCAUCUGCGGAAUGUCAAGGUCAAGGAGCUGUGGUAUGGGAAGGAUGGGGAGAUUGUGACGGAGAAGCCGUAG